AUGGCCUUUGCAACCUCUCUGGCCGAGCUCCAAGCAGAGGCCAGCUGCCCCAUCUGCCUGGACUACCUGAGAGACCCAGUGACCACUGACUGUGGGCACAACUUCUGUAGCUCCUGCAUCCACCAGUGCUGGGAAGACCUGCAGGAUGUCUUCCCUUGUCCUUUCUGCCUCCACUAUUGCCCUGACAACAGCCUCAAGAGGAACCCCCAGCUGUGCCACAUGACUGACAUUGUUAAGCAGCUUCCCACCACGAGGAGCAAGAGGAAAUGGCAGGAAGAGAAAGCCCUGUGUGAGCAGCACAGUCAGGUUCUGGACCUGUUCUGUGAGACGGACCUGGAGCUCUUGUGUCCCCAGUGCAGGGUCUCCUCCGACCACCAGGAUCACCUCCUGAUGCCCAUUGAGCAAGCUGCAGCGGGUCACAGGAGGAAGCUCAAGAGCUACAUUGAACCCCUGAGGGAGCAAGUGGAAGAUGCAGAAAUGAGAUUUGAAGUCCAAGAGUCAAAAUCUUUUGAAGUGAGGGUCAUUGAGCAUGCGCAGACCGCUUCCCUACCCACUUCCGGGGACCAGCCAAUCACCGCGCCGCAGAGUGUGCGCCUCGGAGGCGGGAACCCCCAGCUCAGGGUCGUGUGGGGGUUUCCGUCCUGCGCCCCGUGA